AUGAAGAUGAUGGAGGUGAAGAGGGGGAGAGAAAACGACCCCCUACCACCACCCAGAGGGAAAGGAGCGCCAGGCUAGACCCACCCCCCUCUCUCCCACCCCACAGCAAGCCAAUUCUCCCCCACUCCCGUCAUCUCCCUGGGAGAGAGAAUAUUACAUAUAAUUGCUGGACUGUCGCCUUUUUAAAACAUCUAGGCUACCGGGUACCAGUUCCCUUUGUCUCCUUUGUGUGAGUGUGCGUUUGUCUCUAGACCGAGCAGCAGCUCCCCGGCACUGCUCCGGGGGCGCGCGCGCCUGGCGACGGGAACGCGCCUUCCCCUCUAUGCAAUUCAUAGAAAUCCAUCACUCCCCCUCCUAAUCGUACACACACACACAACACACACACACAAAACCACACCCCUCUCCGCAUCUAAGCAUGCUCCUUUUCAAACACUGUUUCUUUCUAAGUCUGGGAGCUUUAGAAAAAGUCCUCCCAGUUUUUUCCCCUGCUCUUGAAAAACCCCCGCACCUCACUUUUUUUUAGAAGGGGGGUGGGGGAAAUAGUCCUAAGCCCAACCCCUCUCUCCCCUCCCCUCUAUUUCCCCUCUCCCUCCCGUUCAGCACUUCGGGAUUCAGGAGAAAGCAGCGCCGCGUUGGACCCGCCGAGCUGCCUCCCAGCGCUGGCUUAGCAGCAAGCAGGUAAGCUCCGCACGCGCGCAUCUAUCGCGGCAUCUGCGCGGCAGCCUGGCGCGUGCUGGGAACUCUUUAUCUCCCCAGACUUCCCUCCGAGCAAAAUAUUUUAUUUUAUUUUUUAAAAUUGAACAUGGGAAAUAUUUGGUGGGUGGAUGCCUUUCCUAAGCUGUCCUUGGGUUCUUUAUUCUUAAAAAGGUGAGGGUUCUGGCAUCGAAUUUUAAAGGGUGUUCGGAUUAUCUUCCCAUUUUAGACAUGUGAGGAGUCGUUGGGGAUUUUUAAAGCGAGCAAGCGGUGUAUAAAUUUUAUGAAAUAAAUGUUUUCGUAAGCCGCUUUGAGUUUGGUGCCGGGAGCUCCACAUAAAUAUAAUAAAUAGAUAAAUAGAUAGAUAGAUAGGAGAUUUGGGGCUUUUUGAUAUGUUGUGUAUCUAGGGCAUGUGAAUGGUACAGAGGCUAGCCCUACUCAGAGUAGACAGAAAUUAAUGGGCAUCACUGCCUUAGGUCCAACAGAUCGUAAGCCCACCAAGUUGCACUUUGAGCAGACCCAUGAAUGGACUCAAGUUCGUCAUCUUGAUGGAGUUCAGUGGGUCUACUCUGAGUAGGAUCUAACAGCCCCCGGAGGCAGAACAAGUCUCCAGCUUCCCUUUUGCACGUUAUAAUUCUAGCAGCCUAGAUCCUUGUACAUAUCAGUUUGCUCUUGAGUCGCUCCAGUUUUCAUUUAAUUUAAAUUCGACUUUUUCCUGUGUUGGCUUCAAACUGCACAUACGUAUAUGUUGUGUGGGAUGUGAACGAGGUUUUAACGCACACUUCUUGUUAUUGUGCAACUCCCUGGGACGCGUGUGUAUUUUUAAAAACGACAGACGGUGAACAAAUCUUGACAUAUGAAGUAACUUGAUGAGGUUUGCUUUAGAUGGGGAGCCUCGGGAGUUGGUGGGGAUGAAGACCCUCGUUACCAAUAGUAGUCUUAAAUUCAGGGUUACAGGCUGCUUAUCUUGGAUCCGUUACCAACCCAUAAUUUCAUAAAGCAAUUAAGGCACGAGGUGGAAGUUGCCUCCCUUCCUCCCUGGAUCGUGGCCAGACGCCUUCACCCACAAAUCCCCAACCCUGGACACUUUUCAAGUCAAAUAAAAUGAAAAAGCAAAGAUCCAGUCCCUUUCUUUUGGAAUAGCUCCACCCCCCCUUGAACAGGGACACCCCAUUUCCUUGGAGAACUGAGACAAAGACACAUUUCAGAGCUUUUGCAUGGGGAGGAGGUCUGUUUCUCUCUCUUUUUCUCUCUCCCCCCCCCCCCCCAUUUUCUGCUCACCUGAGCCAAUUUGUCUCCAAAGGAUAAUUCUGGAUCUCUGGAGUUUGUGCCAAAAAGGUUUCCUAGAUUGAGCGCGGCUGCAGUUUGAAAGAGAGUAAAAUGUGUGUGUUCAUGAAAUGUUUCAUGCUGCAGACGGGAACUUCUAAAAGUGGCAAUAGGUCAGUUUCAGAGGAGGGAAGUAUUAGCGACCCCAUCUUUGGAAGACACCCCCCCCCUUUUUUUAAUGAUACGGACAUGAAGUGACUGUUAUACGUAUCGAGAGUCUUGCCUCUUCCGUUUAAGAGUCCUUUCAUCACAGAAUCUCCAGUUGAGAUGGUUUGAUUAGAAAUAUGAUUGCAUCUUUGUGAUGAGACUUUUUUGGGGGCUUGUUGGAUUCUUUUUGGGUGGGGACUGGAGGAAAAGGGGGCUAUAAGGAGUAAAAAUUUGCUCAUUAACUCCCAUACAUUUCAAAAUCCAGAAGAUUACAUGCACACACACAUCCAGUUGAAACCAAUUAUAAAUAUUGUCCUUGAACCCAGAGCAAUACACUUCUUUAAAUGUUGACUUUUCUCUGCACAAAAUAAAAUAUUAGGGGUGAGUACUUAAAAAUGCAAGAUUCUCCUUCUAAUACGGCUUUUUAAUUGAAUGUUGAUAUGAGAGUUUUAACUCAUUUUGUUUGUUUGUUUCACUGAGUGUCCUGUACAUAGAGACAGCUGUCAUUAAGUGGUACAAAAUUGUCCAAAUUAUAAAAUGAAAGGCAUCAGGGAAUCCCACACAUGAAUCUUAUUAGGAUUUAAAAAUAUAAAAAAACUAAGAUGCACCAUUCAAAAUUAAUGUUCCCAAUGUUUUGCCACAAGGGACAUUUGAAAUGCAAGAAGAAAUGUCAAUGGGGAUUCCUUAGGUCAGGAAGGGUACAAUUUCAGGUUUGUCAGAUCUACUCUAGUUUAUAUUGGGACCCCCAAAACCUAACAACCGGAGUGGGGUGCAAAAGACAUACUCUUAAUUUAAAAAAUAAACAAAUCAGAGUGCUUCUGAGCACACUCAGAACCUGGGGAUUUAUUUUCAGGACUGAACUUGCAAUCCUUUCAGACACAGCCCCCCUCCUGGUGGGCUGUCUUCAUCUCAGCAGCCUAAUUGAGGUGGGAAAAGUCAUUUUCCUGUAGCUGUUAAAACGAGUGGGAGUCAGAAACUGAUAGCAAAAUCCACCAGAGGAGAUCUUGUGUUGGGCAUACAUCCGUCUUGCAUGAUAUACUAAAAAGAGGGAGAGAAAAGAAUCAUGGUGCUCCACUGGUGCGGAUUAAAUUUGCAAAGAAAGACGGCAGAGAUUCUGGAAUUCUUAAUAGUUAAGGCUUAACGGAUUCCUGCUAAGGACUUGGUUCACACAGAAUGCUUAACCAUGGUUUAUUAAUUCAUGGUUCAGAGCAGGUGUGGGGAAUCUUGGGUCCUUCAGAUGUGGCUGAACUACAACUCCCAUCAGCCUCAGCUAGCAUGGCCAAUGCCCAGGGAUUAUGAGAGUCACUCAUGAGACAAGGAGAGGCGACUGCCUUGGGUGGCAGCAUCCACAGAGGCAGAAAAUUUGGCCUCUGGGGCAUUCCUCAGCUGACAACUGAGACACAAUCCUUGGAGGUGAGAUCUGCCCCUGCAAUGCAGCCUCUACAGCGGUCUCUUGGCAAACAGGGGGCGCUACUGGUCUCCUUCAACCCUAGUUCCCAAUUGGCCCUGAUGUAGAUUUUAAUUAUCUCCUUGGUCCUGAUGUACAUCUUCACUCACCACUUCUUCCCUGGCAGGGGUGGGUGGGCAGUAUUCUGUGGUUAGCCUCAGGUGCCAAAAUGUCUUAGGACAUUAGGACAUUAGGACAGCCCUGCCUAUAGUUCAGCAACAGUCAAAGGACCAAAGGUUCCCUACCCCUGGCCCAGGGGCUUAACUGUGGUCUGCUCUGUGGUCGUCUUCUUCUUUGGUGAUCCCUCGUCGCCGAGUAAGAUUGUCUUCCAUAAACACAUUUUUAACAGUGAGUCUGUAAGUGACUGCGGGCGCCAAUUCUGGAUCCACACAUCCUUCCACAGUGGGGACAUAGGUUUCCGGGGUGGGAGUUGAUCACAGUGAGGGUUUGCCAAGCGUAGCUUCCUCUUAGCAUGUUUCUCACUUCCGUCCUGAGUUCGAGCGUCUUCAAAGCCCAUGACAUCUUUGAUAAAGGCUGUUCUCCAACUUGAGCGCUCGCAGUCCAGGGUUUCCCAGUUGUCAGUGUUUAUACUACACUUCUUAAGAUUUGCCUUGAGAGAGUCUUAAACCUCUUUUGUUGACCACCAGUAUUACGCUUUUCAUUUUGAAGUUCAGAGUAGAGUAGUAGCUUUGGAAGACGAUAAUCAGGCACACAACAUGGCCAGUCCAACGAAGUUGAUGUUGAAGAACCAUUGCUUCGUCACUGAUGAUCUUUGCUUCUUCCAGGACACUGGCAUUAGUACACUGUACUGGAAGUGUACUGUGUGGUCUAGGGAUGGUGAGCAUCAAACAUUUCAGAGCCCAGCCAGCCAUACCAAACCAACUUUCCAUUCUUCAACUCAGGCUUCCCCAAGCUGGUGUCCUCCAGGACUCGGUGGACUCCAACUCCCAUCAGACGCAGCCAGCACGACCAACGGGCAGGGCUGAUGGGAGUUGCAGUACAGUAAGUCCUGGAGGGAUGCAGCCUUCCCAGUCUUGUCCUAGAGAGGGAUGGGGAACCUCCAGAUCUGGGCUGGCGUGUCCCAUUUUGCUGCUCAAAGUGAACCAGGGUUGCCGCCUUGCCCUGCCCUGCCGCCCCACCCACAUUUGACUCUGUGUGCCGUUCCCCAUCAUUGUUCCCCAACUCCAUUGUCAUGGAGUCCUGACAUCAGAUGUGCGUCAGGUUUGAAGUCCAUAUCAUGAUAUCAGUUUCGUAAUUUUUGGCCUGGCAAUGUAUUGCGAAGCAUGACUUGCAUGCUAUGCAAAUGUUGGGGGAAACCAAAGCCUCUCUUGACUCCUGCAGCCCUUGUUAACUCUGCUGGCUCAGCUCUCCCUUGCCUCCUGCAAAUCAUAAGAGCGGACAAUGGCAAAAAAUCACAAUGCGGGGAAAACCAUGAAGCCAGCAUAUGCCUCUUCAGAGCUCCAUCCUUAUUUUAGACAUACAGUGGUACUUUGGUUCUCAAACGGCUUAGUUGUUGAACAAAUCGGCUUCCAAACACCGAAAACCCGGAAGUAAGUGUUCCAGGUUUUUUUUUAAAAUAAUUUUUAUUAACUGGCCAAUCACAUCAAAUUAAAUCAUAUCACAUAAAUUCCGAAUUACAAAGCCGAAUUUUAAAUUUUGUUGGGGGGACCCAUAUUUCAAGAUCCGAAGGGGGAUUCUGAUCAUCUUCUUGCUGCUGCGUUAAUGUCCCAAUCAGUCCAAAUCAGUCCAAACAGAGUUCAUAGUUCUAUCCCAUCUUAUCUUGCUGUUUCCACAUCACAUCUUAUUCAUAUAUUUUCUCUUUUUUCUUCUGAUAGUCUCCUUAAGCCGAUAAACACCAAUAGUAAUAAUAGUCCUGUGUGAAUUUUCCGUUCUUCCAAUCCUCAAAUCGAGAUGGUUUCCAUAUAUCAUCUCCUUCAUAGAUAACAUCACUCUUGCCAUCAUAGUCUCGUAAAACUGUCGCUCUUAAGUCCCACUGAGGAGUUUAACCCACAAUAUAUAAACAGCUCUAUUUCUCUCUUUCUCCUCCCAGACUCAAGACCUCCGACAGAACUUCCCAAUAUGGCGACGGCAUUUUUAACUGCGUCAUUCCAAAGCUCUUACACAUUCCAUGCUCUUCUUAAAACGUGCUUUGGUUCGAAAGUUUAUCUCCACACAGCCUUAAAUCCACAGCUUAAGUCCUUAAAACGACAUUUCUGACUCGUGAGGGGAGGGGAUUCUUGUUUAAUCACAUAGGGAAAGAAGGGAGAGUUUUUUCCCCCUCCCCCAUCAGUCAUUUGCCGUACCUUGUCUUGGCGUAUCUUCUCAUGUUUUAUUCUUAUCUUGUUUUGUCAGAGAUCUCUUCUGUUAGCAGUCUUUACUCCCCCUUCUUUCUUGAAAUAUGUGCAUUCUUUCAUCCAAAUUGUUUCCUUUGAAGUUCUGCAUCUAGUGGCGAAUCAGGGACGGCAUUCAGGAGUGCCGAAAUCCCACAGGAGGGCUUUGUGCCUAGUGCCCCCACCCCCACAAAUUUGGGGGUGGUAUAGGGCACAGCAGGCAAGGGCCGUCCCCCCCACAAUCCUGGGGGGGGGGGUUAAGGAGGCUAAUUACCACCAUCAUAGCCUCCAAAUUACCUCGUGUGGGUCGGAGAGAUGUUAUUGUCAGCCAUCUUCCAAUGCGCCCCCUAGUGACCCCCUGUAAGUGUUCCAGUUGUUGAACUUUUUUCGGAAGCCAAACAUCCAACACGGAUUCCGCUUGAGUGCAGGAAGUUCCUGCGGUCAAUCAGAAGCCGCACCUUGGUUUUCAAAUGGUUUUGGAAGUCGAACGGACUUCCGGAACAGAUUAAGUUCAAUAACCAAGGUUGUUGUUGUUUAGUCGUGUCCGACUCUUCGUGACCCCCUGGACCAGAGCACGCCAGGCACUCCUGUCUUCCACUGCCUCCCGCAGUUUGGUCAAACUCAUGCUGGUAGCUUUGAGAACACUGUCCCACCAUCUCGUCCUCUGUCGUCCCCUUCUCCUUGUGCCCUCCAUCUUUCCCAACAUCAGGGUCUUUUCCAGGGAGUCUUCUCUUCUCAUGAGGUGGCCAAAGUAUUGGAGCCUCAGCUUCAGGAUCUGUCCUUCCAGUGAGCACUCAGGGCUGAUUUCCUUCAGAAUGGAUAGGUUUGAUCUCCUUGCAGUCCAUGGGACUCUCAAGAGUCUCCUCCAGCACCAUAAUUCAAAACAUCAAUUCUUCGGCGAUCAGCCUUCUUUAUGGUCCAGCUGGACAAAGACAACAGGCAAUAACCAAGGUACCACUGUAUUUUGGUAUAUUGUGAUGUUUAACUGGGUGAUAUAUCACAAUGUUGAAAACUGGAUUAUCGCCCAGCCCUACUCCUAAGGGCCCCCCAGCCAACUGUUCCCCUUUGUAGGAGGACAGAGUGCUCUGUGUGUUGUGUGAUACAUCCUGGCCUGAGGCCCCUAAGCUAGCCUGCUUGCCUUUGGGCAUGGUGAAGGGUUUCGUUCCAUUGCCAGGGUUGAGAUAAGAUUCAGGUGCCAGGCUGAUCAUCUCCCAUAUGUGGAGGGACUUGUUCACCCAUUGCAACUUGCUCCCCCAAGAGGCCGUGAUGGCCACCAACGUUGAUGGCUACAAAAGAGGACUGGACAAAUUAUUGGAGGACAAUAUGUCUACUAGCCACAAUGGCUAUGCUGGGUCUCCAUGGGUGGCGCUAUGGUAUAAACCACUGAGCCUCUUGGGCUUGCCCAUCAGAAGGUCGGCGGUUCGAAUCCCCGCGAUGGGUUGAGCUCCCGUUGCUCUGUCCCAGCUCCUGCCAAUCAAGCAGUUCGAAAGCACACCAGUGCAAGUAGAUAAAUAGGUACAGCUGUGACGGGAAGGUAAACAGCAUUUCCGUGCGCGCUGGCUUCUGUCACGGUGUCCUGUUGCACCAGAAACGGUUUAGUCCUGCUGGCCACAUGACCCAGAAAGCUGUCUGUGGACAAACGCCGGCCCCCUCGGCCUGAAAGCGAGAUGAGCGCCACAACCCCAUAGUCGCCUUUGACUGGACUUAACUAUCCAGGGGUCCUUUAUCUUCACCUUACCAUAGUCGGAGGCAGUAAUGCUUCUGAAUACCAGUUGCUGGAACCCACAGGAAGGGAGACAACUCUUGUGCUUGGCUCUUGCUUGUGGCUUUCCCAUUAGGCCACACUGAGAACAGGAUGCUGGACUAGAUGGGCCAUUGGCCUGAUCCAGCAGCCUCUACUUAGCUUCUAAAAUCACAUUCCUUCCCCCACCUGGGAACCACAGACUGUUCAAGGUUCUGUGCAUUGUAGCUCUGUGGAGGGGGGGUGGGUAAAGUAUGUUUCCAAGCACAAUUCAAAGUGUUGGUGCUGACCUUUAAAGCCCUAAACGGCCUCAGCCCAGUAUACCCAAAGGAGCGUCUCCACCUCCAUCGUUCUGCCCGGACACUGUGAUCCAGUGCCGAGGGCCUUCUGGCGGUUCCCUCCCUGUGAGAGGUGAAGUUACAGGGAACCAGGCAGAGGGCCUUCUCGGUAGUGGUGCCCUCCUUGUGGAACACCCUCCCAUCAGAUGUCAAGGAAAUAAUCCACUAUCUGGUUUUUAGAAGACAUCUGAAAGCAGCCCUGUUUAGAUAAGUUUUUAAUGUUUGAUGUUUUAUCAUGUUUUUAAUAUUCUGUUGGGAGCCACCUAGAGUUAUUGUUGCUCUUAUUGUUAUUGUUAUUAUUCCCCUAAUUCUUUUUCUGGGAGCAGAAUGCUGAGUCUGCUUUUCUGCACCCAAGAAUAAUGUGCAAAGGCAGCCCCAGAAUGCUUUAAUGUGCAGAUGAAGGCCAUUAAUCAACUCAGCAUCUUCCUGCCGUAGAAGAGCAGCCCUGCUUAUAGGGGCGGCUGGGGUGUGCCUUCCUAUAAUGCAUUGUGGCACGCCAAUUGUGGUGUUGUGCCUGGGAAAGUUUCCUAAAGGCACCUGGUUGGCUUCUGUGAGAAUAGAAUGCUGGAUUCAAUGGGCCACUAGCCUGAUCCAACAGGCUCGUCUUAUGUUCUCAAAGCAUAUUCCUUCUCCCACCUGGGAACUCUAGUUUAUUUAGUGUGCUGCAUAAGUAGUUCUGUAAGGGAUAAUCUACAUCUCCCAGGAUUCACUCUUGGGUGUUUGGGUGUUCUUUAAAUGUGUGGUGUGUAAUGCAGCCCCAAAUGUUGCAGAAGAGCAAACGAUGAAUGACCGCACCCUGACAUUGGCACAUCAAAUACAUGUGGAUAAUACGGAUCUAUUAAAAUAGGAAAACAGGCGUGAUUGCAGGCAACACAGCCUCUUGGUUUCCCGCAUUUGAACAUUUGUUGUUUAGUCGUUUAGUCGUCUCCGACUCUUCGUGACCCCAUGGACCAGAGCACGCCAGGCACUCCUGUCUUCCACUGCCUCCCACAGUUUAGUCAGACUCAUGCUGGUAGUUUCGAGAACACUGUCCAACCAUCUCGUCCUCUGUCGUCUCCUUCUCCUUGUGCCCUCAAUCUUUCCCAACAUCAGGGUCUUUUCCAGGGAGUCUUCUCUUCUCAUUUGCACAUUAUCUCAUUUGAAUUGACUUGCAUGAUCCACCUGAGUUCAGCUUGUCAAUUUCAUUGCAUUUCGAGCUGAAUCUACCCACAAUCUUGUUCUCCAGAAGAAGUCAUCAUAUCAAAGUCGCUUUGUCUCUCCAGUAAAAGGUAAAGGGACUCCUGACCAUUAGGUCCAGUCAUGGCCGACUCUGGGGUUGCGGCGCUCAUCUCGCUUUAUUGGCCAAGGGAGCCGGCGUACAGCUUCCAGGUCAUGUGGCCAGCAGGACUAAGCUGUUUAUGGCGAACAAGAGCAGCGCACGGAAACGCCGUUUACCUUCCCGCCAGAGCGGUACCUAUUUAUCUACUCGCACUUUGACGUGCUUUCGAACUGCUAGGUUGGCAGGAGCUGGGACCGAGGAACAGGAGCUCACCCCGUGGCGGGGAUUCGAACCGCCACCUUCUGAUCGGCAAGUCCUAGGCUCUGUGGUUUAACUCACAGCGCCAACCACAUCCCUUCGUCUCUCCAGUAGGUUGAUAUUAAAUUCCAAUGCUGGGAAACUGCAGUUGGUGCAAGACACCCCAGCCCAGUUGCUGACAGGAGCGAGGCUCUUCCAGCUCAGAGAUAUGCACUCAGCCAAGUUCAGUGUCUUCCUAUUAGUAGACAAAGCCCUUAACAUAUUGGGGCUGGUUUACUUUCAUGCGUUGCCCUAUAUCUGUUGCCCACUCGACCACUUUGAUUUGCAGUACUGGAACUCUUACAGGUACCACGUAAUACUCAUUCGGCUAUUAUAAGAAAUAGAUAUUUCAGUGUGGCAACUGUAGAACUCCCUGCCUGUUGACACCAGGCAGAUCCUUUUGCUGUAGGCUUAAAACAUUUUCCUUUAGGAACACCUAUGGCGCUGUGGGUUAAACCACACAGCCUAGGGCUUGCCGAUCAGAAGGUCGGCGGUUCGAAUCCCUGUGAUGGGGUGAGCUCCCAUUGCUUGGUCCCUGCUCCUGCCAACCUAGCAGUUCAAAAGCACGUCAAAGUGCAAGUAGAUAAAUAGGUACUGCUCCGGCGGGAAGGUAAACGGCAUUUCCGUGCACUGCUCUGGUUCGCCAGAAGCGGCUUAGUCCUGCUGGCCACAUGAUCCGGAAGCUGUACACCGGCUCCCUCGGCCAAUAAAGCAAGAUGAGUGCUGCAACCCCAGAGUCGGUCAUGACUGGACCUAAUGGUCAGGGGUCCCUUUACCUUUAUCCAGACACAUAGCUGCCAAUGUGUUUUUCUCCUCUUCUUUUUUACUGUUGGUUUUAAUUAAUUUUUAUACUGUUAAACUGAUAUUUUUAACUAGUUACUUUUUGUAUUCUUUGAAAACCGCUUGGAAGUUAUAUCAAUCACAUGAAAUAAAAAGUAAAAUAUAAAAAUAAAUAUGGGCGUAGCCAGGGUUUUUGUUGGGGGGGCAGAACCGAUGUGAUUGGUCAGUUAAGUAUUUCUAUUGUUUUCCUUUAUCUGGGGGAAACUUUGUGUAAUAGAUCGAGAUAUAAUGCAGUAGAAAAGGUUUCAGGAAAAACUCUGCAGAAGUGGGGGUGGAAAGUCAAUUUAUGGAACCGUUGGGUAUGAAGAUUAUUGUGAAAAUGAUUGAAAAAAUUAAUAAAAAAUUAUACAGGCAAAAGAGAAAAAAUUACCGUAUACAAGCAAAAGGGAACGGCAGUGUUAAGUGGUAUGAGAAGAGUUGGAAUGAAAUAAAAUGAAAUAAAAAACAUAAGACAAAAGGAGAAUCAGCCGUACAUUCAUGACCAGAUUGGGAGAAAUAGCCACACAGAGUAGCUGGGGAAACCCGCCAGAAGGGCGGGGUAUAAAUAAUAAAUUAUUAUUAUAAAUAGGUUGGCCACUGUGAGAACAGGACGCCGGACUAGAUGGGCCGUGGGCCUGAUCCAGCCGCAUUUUUCUUCUGUUCUUGAAAGGGAAGUUGGGGAGGGGGGGACGCCCCCCAAGUUGGAAAGGAUAUACGCUUGUCCGGAGUCUUUGGUGGGCCGUUUGUGAAGAACGAAUUGCCGGAGUUGGCAAGGAAUUUAAAAGACAGAGAGGCUGGUUGAAGCAAAGGGGGCGACCUCGGCUUUCAGAGCGGGCUGAAUGCGCAGGAAACGGUCGGGGGUGGGAUAUAAUAGACCAGUCCCCAGAAAAGAAGAAGAAGAAGAGGGGCUUCCAAUGGAUCCUUAGGGGGCGCUUUUCUUCUCUGCUCUUGGGAAGUUUGCAAAGCCAGCGGACUGGGGGCGCCGAGGCCUCGCGCGCUCGGCGGGGUCCCGGGAGCUCUCCAAACAUGUCCCGUCUCUCCCAGGCCCGGGCGCGCAGCGAGCAGAUGGAGGCCGGCGCAGCGGGGCAGGCUCGCCGCAUUGAGCCCGGCACAAUGGGACCCCGUCUCGCCUGCUCUCGCCGCCUUCCUGCGAGAACCUUCUUGCCGCCCGGCUGCUGGUGCGCGCGGGGCCCGACGGGCGCUUCCGAGACGCUCGUCCAUCAUCCGGCGCGCCCCUGCCAAGUCCCAUUGACGCGCCUGGAGUUUUUGGCACGGACGGCGCGCCCGCUGGUGGCGCAUUGGGGCUCGCCUCGGACGCGCAAUGGGGGGACCCGGGGGACUGGGAGGGAAGGAGGGAGGUGGACUCCUUCCUCUCAUCGCUUUGGAAAAUAUAAAAAUGGGGGGGGGGGGGGUGUCUUUUCAGCACAAUCUCUGGCUCUUUCUCCCUCUCGCCUUUCAAAUGCGCUUCCCCAAGGACGCGCGCAAGCUUCCCUCGCCCGAGCGCCGUGGAGAAAGCGCAGCCAGCACGACGCCGCACCUGUUCCUCCGGCCCGGCGAAAAUGCCAACUCGCUUGAUGGAUUGCCAAGCGGCUUUGUGCAAAUAUAUAUACGCCACAGUGGGAUUUUUUUAAAGGGGGGGAGGAUAAUAAGUCUUGGCUGGUGCAACUGGCCCCGUUUUAACCAUGCUUGGUUCUUUGAUGAUCCGGCUUGGGGAAAGGGCGGGUGGACCCAGAGGUUGUGCUAUUCAUUAUUAUGUUUUAUUUGUGGGUGGUGCUAAAAGUUUUUAAAUUUUUUUUCAUUAUGAAAUGUAUAUAGAACCGAGAGAACAGAUGAAAAUUAAAAGACGAAAAACCCAAAGUAUAAAAUAGAGGCUGGAUAGCUCAGUUGGUCAGAGUGUGGUGCUGAGAACUCCAAGGUUGCAGGUUUGAUCCCCGUAUGGGGCAGCUGCAUAUUCCUGCAUUGCAGGGGGUUGGACUAGAUUAUCCUUAGGGUCCCCUUCCAACUUUACAAUUCUGUGAUUCAAUAAUUCUAUGAUUAAGCAGUUUCACGUGGGCUAAAGUAACAAAAGUCCAAGGAAAGACUAUCGGUGUUAUUGGAUUAUCAAGUAUAGCUCCAGAUUUGCCACAGGCAUGGGACGCUUCAUAAAGAUGGUUCCGUUGUAUAUGUAAGAAAAGGAGCCAAAUCAUAUUAAAAGUGCCUGGAAGUUCUAGCGCUUGUCAAAAUCUCGAAUUAGGCAUAAUUUCCCCGAUUAUAGAUGAAUUCUAAAACAUUUUCUUGUUUUCAGAUCUGGCUUGGGAAAGGAGCAGGUGAAUUUAGAGAUUAUAUUAUGAUUGGAAUUAAUUAUAAUUAGUGUUAGUACUAAAGGAGCAUCUCCACCCCCCUCGUUCGGCCCGGACACUGAGAUCCAGCUCCAAGGGCCUUCUGGCAGUUCCCUCACUGUGAGAAGUGAGGUUAUAGGGAACCAGGCAGAGGGCCUUCUCAGCAGUGGCACCGUCCCUGAGGAAAGUCCUCUGAUCAGAUUCAUCAAGGAGAGAAACAACUAUUUGACUAUUAAAAGAUAUCUGAAGGCGGCCCUGUAUAGGGAAGCUUGUAAUGUUUGGUGUUUUAUUAUAUUCUUAAUAUGUGUUGGAAACUGCCCAGAGUGGCUGGGGCAACCCAACAAGAUGGGCAGGGUAUAAAUAAUAAAAUUAUUAAUACUAAUAAUACAUUUUUAUCUGCCAUUUACCUUUCCUCUGCAGCAGUACCUAUUUAUCUACUUGCACUGGUGUGCUUUUGAACUGCUAGGUUGGGAGGAGCUGGGACAGAGCAACGGAAGCUCACCCCAUCGCAGAGAUUCGAACCACCGACCAUCUGAUCCACAAGCCCAAGAGGCUCAGUGGAAAAUGGCAUUUCUGUGCACUCUGGUUUCCGUCAUGGUGUUCUGUUGCGCCAGAAGCGGUUUAGUCCUGUUGGCCACAUGACCCAGAAAGCUGUUUGUGGACAAACACCAGCUCCCUUGGCCUGAAAGUGAGAUGAGUGCCGCUACCCCAUAGUCGCCUUUGACUGGACUUAACCAUCCAGGGGUCCUUUACCUUUUUACCUGUGCUUCACCAAAAGGUCCUGGGCCAGCUUACAACAAUUGAACUUUCAGAAUUAAAAACAGGCAAGGUGUGACAUAACCAGGCUUCUGAAGCACCACAAGGGUGCCGCAGAAAUAAUGUAGUUGGUUAAGGGAGCUGUGGGCCCAAAAAGGUUGAAAACCUCUGCUCUAGGAGGUUUCAAAACCGGACUGGCAAGUGUCGUGGCCUGGAGUGAGAAGGGCCAAGUAGUUCGGCCUGGAGGGCCAAAUCUGCACCUGCACCAGCCCCUGCUGCUAUUCCACCAAAGUUUUCUGCUGCAGGCAUGUGAGAUGAUCAGGGAAGACAAUGGCAUGGAGCCAGCCACUGUGAUCGCCCAUCACAGAAUCUAAUUCUUCCUUCGGAUAUAUCUUUGUAGAAAAGGGGCUUUGUGGAAGAACGUGCGGGGUGUGUGUGCUGAUACAACUUGUUUCUUGCUGUUGAUAAUGUUCCUCUGUUUCUUUGGCCUUGGUGAAGUAACAGAUGCCAAUCUGGUUUCCGUCAUUUUCGAUUCUUUCUUUCUUUUUUUUACACGUCGUUUCUGGUGGAGGAGAAAUCCUGGAACAUUUACUUGGCUGCCGUUAAUGUGUUGGCUGACAACGCCCCCCCCCCCCCAAUUUCCUUUCAGGGCAAGGCGUUGCUUCCACUGUGAUCUGUCAAUUUUCACAGAAAAACUCGAGCCGAGGGAAAUUGCAACUUGGCUGGUCGCCUAUGGUGCACUAGAACGCCUCUCUAGGCAACCAGGCGGGAGAAAAAUCACCAUCAAAUACAGGAAUGAAAAACCACCAGAAGUACAACAGAGGCUAACGUUUUAAAAAAUAGGUCUGGGAGGACAGAAAAGUCUUAAAACUGGCAGCGCUCGUGUCUCUGUGGGCUCCGCUAGGUGGGGCAUUCCAUAGCUAGGGACGCCGCCACCCAAAACUCGCUCUGGACUUCAGAGUGAUGGAGAACAACACAGAGAAAGGCCUCCUUAGGGUUCAGGUAGGUACAUAGGCUUGACUACUGCAAUGUGUUCUGUGUGGGGCUGCCCUUGGACUUAGACUGGAAGCCCCAGCUUGUGCAAAAUUCUGCAGCUAGACUGUAGAUAGGGUAAGCUAUUGAGAGCAUAUAACUCCAGGGCUCCAAAGCUAAUGCUCGCAUUAAUUUAUGAGGCCCUUAACAACUUAUAGGGAUGCGGGUGGUGCUGUGGGUUAAACCACAGAGCCUAGGACUUGCUGAUCAGAAGGUCGGCUGUUCGAAUCCCCGCGACGGGGUGAGCUCCCAUUGCUCGGUCCCUGCUCCUGCCAACCUAGCAGUUUGAAAGCAUAUCAGAGUGCAAGUAGAUAAAUAGGUACCGCUCCAGCGGGAAGGUAAACGGCGUUUCCGUGCGCUGCUCUGGUUCGCCAGAAGAGGCUUACUCAUGCUGGCCACAUGACCCGGAAGCUGUACGCCGGCUCCCUCGGCCAAUAAAGCAAGAUGAGCGCCGCAACCCCAGAGUUGGCCACGACUGGACCUAAUGAUCAGGGGUCCCUUUACCUUUACCUUUAACAACUUAUAUCCCUACCCUAUCACUGAAAUCCUGGGGGAAGUCUACAGGCGGUCCCAUAUGGCUUGGUUGCAUGGCUCGUAAUGACCAGAAGCUGGGCAUUCAUUGUUUUUUGCCCAAAGCCUGCGGAACGCCCACCCCCAUGAGAUUAGGCAGGCAUCUUCCUAUCUGCACAUCAGGCAUACAACAAAGGCUUUUGUAUUCCAGUAGGUGUUUGAAGGUAACGUUUGUUUCAUGGUGAUCUUCUUGUGUUACUCUGUAUGGUUUGUCUGAUGCACACUGCUUGCAAAUGCCAAUGGUGAAACAGUAUAUCAACACCGUAAGUAAAUACAGUGGAACCUCUGGUUACGUACUUAAUUCGUUCUGGAGGUCCAUUCUUAACCCGAAACUGUUCUUAACCUGAAGCACCACUUUAGCUAAUGGGGCCUCCUGCUGCUGCCGCGCUGCCGGAGCACGAUUUCUGUUCUCAUCCUGAAGCAAAGUUCUUAACCCGAGGUAAUAUUUCUGGGUAAGCAGAGUCUGUAACCUGAAGCGCACGUAACCCAAGGUACCACUGUAAAUAGCAGCGGAGGGAUUCUGCUAAGUUUGAACCCUUCUCCCUGAAAUAUUAGAUUUCUAAAUGUGAGGCAUUUACAUUAGAUUUUUAAGUGCAAUGCAUUUAUACUAGAUUUCUAAAUGCAAGGCAUUUGUCGUCAUUUGGAGGCUCAUUCCAUCAGCGUGAAGGCGGUCACAGUCCAGGCGCAGGUUGAUUAUCACUAGGCUUUCGAUUUUAGGAAGGCCAGGGAUUUUCCCUCUGGAGUUUUAUUUUUCGCUCCAAGGUCGGAUGCGUGAUUGACAAGUCGGGUGGCCACCUGCUUGCCAUCUGCUUCAGCAUCUUCAACUUCCUGACUUUUUUCCACUGAAGGCAAGCAAGCUGUGCAGCAAAGGAAGGCUGGGAGUGCCAACCAGAUCUGGCAGGACAGCCCUGAUGUGGCAGGGCGCAACAGCUGGCGUGCGGCAAUGCAUUAUUGGAAGGCACCCCUGCGCACACAGGGUCACUCUUCUAUGACAGGGAGACGCUGGGUUGAUUAAUGGCCUUCAUUUGCACAUGAAAGCAUUCUGGGGUCGCCUUUGCACCUGAUUCUUGGGUGCAGGAAAGCAGACUCAGCAUUCAAAGUGUGUGUGUUUCUGCUUGUGUCUGUGUCCAUUUUUUCCCACCAGGAAAAUAAUUAUGGGAACUGUUGUUGUUGUUGUUUAGUCGUUUAGUCGUGUCCAACUCUUCGUGACCCCCUGGACCAGAGCAUGCCAGGCACUUCUGUCUUCCACUGCCUCCCGCAGUUUGGCCAAACUCAUGCUGGUAGCUUCAAGACCACUGUCCAACCAUCUCGUCCUCUGUCCUCCCCUUCUCCUUGUGCCCUCCAUCUUUCCCAACAUCAGAGUCUUUUCCUGGGAAUCUUCUCUUCUCAUGAGGUGGCCAAAGUAUUGGAGCCUCAGCUUCAGGAUCUGUCCUUCCAGUGAGCACUCAGGGCUGAUUUCCUUCAGAAUGGAGAGGUUUGAUCUUCUUGCAGUCCAUGGGACUCUCAAGAGUCUCCUCCAACACCAUAACUCAAAAGCAUCAAUUCUUCGGCCUUCUUGAUGGUCCAGCUCUCACUUCCAUACAUCACUACUGGGAAAACCAUAGCUUUAACUAUACUGACCUUUGUUGGCAAGGUGAUGUCUCUGCUUUUUAAGAUGGGAACUGUAGUUUUCCCAAAACAGAGCUUAAAUGCACAGAACCCUGAACAAGCUACAGUUCCCAGGUGGGGAAAGGAAUGUCCUUUCAGAAGCUAAGAAGAGGCUGCAGGAUCAGGCCACUGGCCCAUCUAGUCCAGCAUCCUGUUCUCAGCGUGGCCUAAUGGGAAAGCCACAAGCAAGACCUGAGUAUAAUAAUCAUUUUUUAUUUAUACCCUGCCCAUCUGACUGGGUUUCCCCAGCCACUACAGCGCUCUCUCUCCUUCUGUGGUUUCCAACAACUGGUAUUCAGAAACAUUCACUGCCUCCAACUGUGGAGGCAGAGUAGACUCAUCAUGGCUAGUAAUUUACCCCUCCCAGAGCUACAGCUCCCUUUGCAAACUACAGAUCCCAAGAUUCUCUGCAGGGACUCAUGUGUGUACACACACACACACACACACUGGGCAGCUUCCAACACAUAUAAAAAACAUAAUAAAACAUCAAACACUAAAAACUUCCCUAAACAGGGCUGCCUUCAGAUGUCUUCUAAAACUUGUGUAGUUCUUUAUCUCCUUGACAUCUGGUGGGAGGUCAUUCUACAGGGUGGGUGCCACCACCGAGAAGGCCCUCUGCCUGGUUCCCUGUAACCUCACUUCUUGCAGGGAGGGAACUGCCAGAAGGCCCUUGGAGCUGGACCUCAGUGUCCAGGCUGAGCGAUGGAGGUGGAGACACUCCUUCAGGUAUACUGGGCUGAAGCUGUUUAGGGCUUCAAACACUUUGAAUUGUGCGUGGAAAUGUACUGGGAGCCAAAGUAGGUCUUUCAGGACUGGUGUUAUAAGGUCCCGGCGGCUGCUCCCAGUGCAAGUCCAGCUGCUGCAUUCUGGAUUUCAGUGGUACCUUGGAUUACAUACGCUUCAGGUUAUAUACGCUUCAGGUUACAGACUCCGCUAACCCAGAAAUAGUGCUUCAGGUUAAGAAUUUUGCUUCAGGAUGAGAACAGAAAUCGUGCUCCAGAAGGCUUGUGUGUCCUGAGCUGACGGGUGUCUUCUUCUUCUUUGGCGAUCCCUCGUAGCCAAGUCAGAUUGUCUUCCAUGAACAUGGUUUUAACAGUGAGUCUGUAAGUGACUGUGGAGGCCGAUUCUGAAUCCACACAUCCUUCCACAGUGGGGACGUAGGUUGAUCACAGUGAGGGUUUGCCAAGUGUGCCUUCCUCCUAGCACGUUUCUCUGAGUUCAAGUGUCUUCAAAGCCCAUGACACCUUUGGUAAAGGCUGUUCUUCAACUGGAGCGCUCGUAGGCCAGUGUUUCCCAGUUGUCGGUGUUCAUACUACAUUUUUAAAGAAUUGCCUUGAGAGAGUCUUUAAACCUCUUUUGUUGACCAUUGGCAUUAUGCUUUCCCUUUUUUAUAAUUUUUUACUGGAAAUUUUAUUUACAACAUAACACAAACCCCCCACCCCCCAGCACAGAAAUCCACCCCCAUCAGACACAAACCUAACAAACAACAAGCAUAAUUUACAACAGUACAAACAACCAAAUAAAAGACUUCCUUUAUCUUGUUUCUGGCAUCCUUAUUUACUUCUUAUAAGCUGUUUCCUUUUAUUAAGAUUUUUCUAAUUAUAACUUAAAUAUCCACAAAGUCUCCUGCAGACAUUAAUCGAAACAAGUCCAGGUAUGAAUUUUAGGGCACUGUUUUGUGAAGUAUUCUCUGCAUUUUCCCCAUGCAUUUUCCCCAUGUGAUCUCUAAUUGCCUCUGUUAAUCUAGCCAGUUCAAUAUACUCUAACAGUUUGUCUUGCCAUUCCUUUUUUGUUGGCACAGUUUCUUUUUUCCAGUUUUUAGCAGUUAGGAUCCUUGCCGGUCCUGUAGCAUAGAGGAAUAUUUUCUGAUCUUCUCUUGCUCUACCUGCGUCUGUUUCUUCUACUGGCAUUAUGCUUUCCAUUUGAAAUUCGGAAUGGAGCAGUUGCUUUGGAAGACGAUCAUCAGGCAUCCGCACAACAUGACCAGUCCAAUGAAGUUGAUGUUGAACAGGUGUACCGGUGGGAAAUAAAUGCAAUUGGGGAACCGCAAAUUGACACCCUGCUUCUUCCGUUACAGGUGAGGCACCUGGAAACAUGGCCUGCACCGCCUCCUCCUCUGCCUCCACCAUCUUUGCCUUCUGCCUCCUGA